AUGCCUGUGUGCAAUCUUUGUGAUCGUUAUUUUGUCGACAAGAAUGCUCUCCGUAUGCACACCGAGUCGAAGCACGAGAUUGAAUGCAAUUACUGCGACCGUACGUUCAGGACUUCAGACGGGAGAGAUCAGCAUGAGAGAACGAAGCAUAGCUUCGAUUGCAACAUUUGCAACCGACAAUUCAGCUCCAGAGAAGCCCUGGAUCAACAUGAGGAGGCCAAGCACCCCCCCGGAUACGAAUGCAGAUACUGCGACAAAGAAUUUGCGUCCGAUGGAGCCCGCAUCCAGCAUCAGAAUGCAAAGCAUGCACCU